CCAGCCUUCGUGCACCGGGUCCAUGACCAAGGCUGGGCUGUACAGGACCAUCCGGAGGGUCCUGUACAUCGACGGCUGGUACCUCAUGGCCACGGAGUACCUAGAAUGCCGUCGGUGCAAGAAGAAGGUCGGAGGGUGGUCACAGGGCAUCGUCGGGCAGCUGCCCCUCACCUAUAGCUGCCUGUUUCCUGCUGUACUCACGUACAAGCCUUCCUGUGACCAGAAAGUGGUUGCACAGCUGAGGUCACGCACUCUGGGCAACAGUGCGACCCGGCUGUACAACACACUGCGGGAGCACCACACGGAGUCCUGGAUGAGGAGAUCCAUCCACUACCUCGGCGUAUGCGAGCAGUUCCUGUCCUCGUGCUCUGUCUCCAAGCAGUCUGCACCACCUCCGCCCAUGCCACCUGUACCGUCACCAGUAUGGCUGCUGACGGUGUACGGCUACGACGUGGUGACGCGGCUGGAGGAGUACAAGGCCAGGAUCACGUCCACCUUCGGAUCCAUUUUGAAGAUGGAUUCCACCAAGAAGGUGACGAAGAAGCUCGCCGGUGCUGCCUCUGACACGGCCGCCUGGGUUACCAACGUGGGUAACGAGCACGGCCAGGUCCUCAUGAGCGUCCUCACCUGCUCGGAGGGCUCCGAGGGCCUGGACGCCAUGGCUGCUGGAUUGAUGGGGCGGUAUCGAGUCGCCGAGGUUCCUCCCCCGGUCCUCGUGUAUGUGGACAGCGACUGCUGCAGCCGAGACGGCGUGUCGAAGACAGCUGCCCUGUUUCAUGAGUGGGGGAACCUCGUGGUUCGUCUUGACAUUUGGCACCUGAUGCGACGUUUCGCUUGCGGUGUCACAAGCGAAAGCCACGAGCUCUACCCCACUUUCAUGAAGCAGCUGUCUCGCUGCAUCUUUGAAGUGGACUCCGGAGAUGCCCGCCGUCUCACCGAGGCCAAGCGGUCCGAUCUGGGGAGGAAGCACGGAAUGGUCGACCUGAGCGACGCUGAGGUGGUCCGGAGGAUCUCCAAGGAGGAGUGGAGGCUCCACUGUCGGCGCAGGACACGUGGGGAUCUCCUCCUGAAAACAAAUGGAGAGAACAAAGGCCGCUCAAAACAAGUUUACAGAAUGUUUGCUUUUAAAACACUGAAAUGCUUUGAAAGAUGUGUAAAAUGUUACAGUGAGGUGUGUAGUGUUCACCUCAGAGUCUGAGGAGUUCUGAAGAGGAGGAGCCUGUCUUCCAGAGAGGAGAGGGAGAGGGGGUGACUCAGACCUGGGUGCACCUGACUGGGAUGCUGCCAUAGGGGAGGAGGAGGAGGAGGAAUCUGGUGGGGUCCUCCUCAUCAGAUUGUAUCCCCUCAUCCUCAAGGGUGGAAACGGCAGCACCCUCAUCCGGAGCGUCAGGAUCCGAGUUGAUCUCCUCAAACACGCUGCCCGUCUGCCGGAACAGGUACUCGAGCCCGAUGAGCUCACUUGUGAUGAAGCACAGAGGAACUGUUAAAAGCCUUUUCUCCAAUGUGUGAUGAUGAAAAAUAGAUCAAUGUUUUCCACAUCGGUUACCUGUGUAUGCAGUGGGCUUGGUGAAAUCCUCAACCAUCUGAUGUCCAAGCACCCUUUGGCUCUUCUGGUUGAGGGCGUGUUUGAGGUGGCCACUGUAGGAAUGCAGAGACGUCCUUGUUUCAGCUGCUUCCGCUGGCGCCGCUGCCGCUGCACGAUCCUCGUUCCACCUCACCACUCCGUCCACAAGGAACGCCUGAAAGUACCUGGCACUAGCAGAUGUCCCUGAGGAAACACAUUUAUCAAUGAAAUAUUGGAUUUAGCUUCAUAUGAUGAAAACACAGACAAACACACUUUUUACGUUGUUUUUCGGUUAGUUUUUUUACAUCUUUCACCUUUAUGAAUGACAAACUUUGGCACUCAAUAAUAAUGCUUUUCCUUUUCUCUGCUGUAGCGAUUGGAGUAGCCGUAAACGGCACAAAACAUGGGCAUGUUUACAGAUGGCAAAUCCUCGGCUACAUCACUUCCUGCCCUCCAUCUGCAUUUCGCGCUCUCGUGGUAUAGCUAUGUGACGUCACGUGAAAGCUAGCUAAUAUCCAACAAGAGAACGGGGAGGGCGGGGCCGUGACGGUCCACGGAUGACCACAGGAAAACACGAAACAGUGCCUCCGCCUGGCCGCUAGGGUGCCCCAGGAAGAUCCGCUCCCCGAAUCUUCUCUCUCUCUCACCUCGUCUCACUUAGUCUCACCUAACUUCUGUUCACCAAGUGAAUCAGUUCAAGAGCACAAACCAACAAUAGGGCCUCCUUUUGCAGCCAAUACAGCAUCAAUUUGUCUUGGGAAUGACAUAUACAAGUCCUGCACAGUGGUCAGAGGGAUUUUAA